GAACUCCAACGUGUCGUUGUCAGCAAGAAUUCCUUGCAGGGAAGCGAGUGAUCCCAUUCCCGAUGAUCAACGCAACCACCUGAACGAACGAAGAAAUUCCAUAGCCGCAACCGUUCGUGUGAACGCAAAUCACAGAUUCGUUGACUCCAAAUCCAUCAUCUCUUUCACACAUCCCAUCCUUCUUCUUCUUCAAUCUCACUUUCCUUUUGUUUUUCUCCCAUUUCGCCUCGUCUCUCGCAACCAUUGCGCUUUCUAGGGGUCGUCUUCCGAGAUUCCGAUUGGAACUUACGAUUGAUGGUGGGGACAAGUAGUGUGUUUCACUGUGUAAUGCUGUCUUAGAUGGCUGAGAGCAGGAAAUUCAUUCCCACUCAUCAUUUAGAUCUAGGACGGAUAGUACAGGAAGCACAGAAUCGGUGGCUUCGGCCAGCUGAAAUCUGUGAAAUUCUUCGGAACUACAGAAAGUUUCAUUUAGCACCAGAUCCUCCAGUUCGGCCUCCAGCUGGAUCCUUGUUCCUUUUUGAUCGGAAAGCACUUAGAUACUUUCGUAAAGAUGGUCAUAGAUGGAGGAAGAAGAAAGAUGGAAAAACUGUCAAAGAAGCUCAUGAAAAGUUGAAGGCUGGAAGUGUGGAUGUUCUGCAUUGCUACUAUGCACAUGGUGAGGACAAUGAGAACUUUCAGCGACGAAGUUAUUGGAUGCUUGAUGGGCAAUUAGAGCAUAUUGUCCUUGUGCAUUACAGAGAAGUAAAGGAGGGUUACAAGUCUGGCAUCUCUCGUGUGUCAGUUGAUCCAGGGUCACAGGCUGGAGGCCAUCAAGGUGGUACAACACCCGUCUUUCUGCAGGCAAAUUCACCUGUUGGCUCAGCUCAUACUUCAUGUCCAUUAAUUCUUAGGCAAAUAGUGCGCUCAGAGAAUGGGGGUGUGGAUUCUAGCAUCAGACAUGACUCUGUAGUCUCUUCUGAUGUUAAUCAUGUGCUUAAAUCCAGUAUGUCGCCUGUAUAUUUGCCUGCAGGGUCAUCUGUCUUGUCUGAACAAGAAUUCGUGAUUAUACAAUCUGGCACAACAGACUCCAUUACGCAUGAGUUGACAGAUGCUAGAUUGGCUUUUUGUGGCUUAGAGAAAGAUAUGGUAAAUAGUGAAGAUGGCUUGAUUGCCGAUGCAGAUAUACCUGCAGCGAAAGCAGUUACUCAGAGAACUGUUCAGGUGGUAGAUAAUUCCUGUGUUAAGGUAGAAAAGACAUUAAAAGAUAAUUUGAACCAUGAAGGUUUUGGAGAACUCAAAAAACUCGACAGUUUCAGCAGAUGGAUGGAUAAGGAAAUUGGAGGAGACUGUAAUGAUUCUUUGAUGACUUUGGACUCUGGUAAUUAUUGGUGCACACUUAAUGCUGGAAAUAAUGAGAAGGAAGUGUCCAGUUUUUCACAUCACAUGCAGCUGGAUGUUGAUUCACUGGGGCCUUCUCUUUCCCAAGAACAGUUAUUCAGUAUUAUUGAGUAUUCCCCGGAUUGGACAUAUCGUGGAAAUGUAACAAAGGUCCUAAUAGUUGGCUCAUUUCUGGGAAGCAAAAAACUUUCUUCAGAAAAUCAGUGGGGAUGCAUGUUUGGUGAAGUUGAGGUUCCGGCAGAAGUUCUGACAAACAAUGUACUUCGAUGUCAAGCUCCUCCUUUGCAUGCUCCAGGGCGUAUUCCCUUUUACGUGACAUGCUGUAAUAGGCUAGCCUGCAGUGAGGUUAGAGAGUUUGAAUAUCGUGAAAAGCCACCAAACCUUUCAGUACCUGAUGCUAUCACUGCCAGUGCACCAGAAGAUGAAAUACGGCUCCAAAUGCGUCUGAUAAGCUUGUUGAAUUUAGGUGUAGAGGAAAAGUGGUUGAAUUGCUCUAUCCAAAAAUGUGAGAAAUGCCAAAUCAGAAGCUUGAUAAAUUCAGAAAGAAGUAAUAGUGCAAAAUGGAGAAUGAUGAAAGGGAUUUCUACUGCACUAAAAAGUGAGCAAAUGACCCCUAGGGAUUUGAUGAUUCAAACUUUGCUGGAGGACAAACUUUGCGAGUGGCUAGUAUGCAAGGUUCACGAAGGGACUAGGGGAACACAUGUUUUGGAUGAUGAGGGCCAGGGCGUCAUACAUUUGGCAGCUGCUCUUGGCUAUGAAUGGGCCAUAGGUCCAUUAGUUGCUUCUGGGAUCAGUCCAAACUUCAGAGAUUCAAAUGGAAGGACAGCUCUUCACUGGGCGUCCUACUUUGGGAGGGAAGAUACAGUCACUACACUGAUUAGGUUUGGGGCUGCUCCUGGUGCCGUGGACGACCCAACUUCAGGAUUUCCAGAAGGACAAAAAGCUGCAGAUUUGGCAUCAAGUAGAGGGCAUAAGGGAAUUUCUGGGUAUUUAGCUGAAGCUGAUCUUGCAGAACAUUUGCGUACUUUGACCAAUGGUGAAAAUCAUGUGGACAAUGUCGAGGAAAAUGUUAACUUUGAUGAGGCUAUUCAGACUGCAGAUGUUGUAUCAUCACAGAUGGCGGAAGAUGAGCUCCUUUCCCUGAAAAGCUCUCUCGCUGCUGUUAGGAAGUCUGUUCGUGCUGCUGCCUUAAUUCAUGCCGCUUUCCGUGCUCGUUCAUUUCGUCAUAAACAAUUAAUGGAAAGUGACAAGGAGAUGAUACCUGAAGAUUCACUUGACCUAGUAGCUCUUGGCAUUUUAAACAAGGCUCAAAAAAUUCACUAUGAGGAUUAUUUACAUGUUGCAGCUGUGAGGAUACAACAAAAUUAUCGUGGCUGGAAGGGAAGAAAAGAAUUUUUGAAGAUAAGAAACCGAAUCGUCAAAAUCCAGGCUCAUGUGAGAGGAUAUCAAGUUCGUAAACAGUAUAGAAAGGUCAUUUGGUCUGUUAGUAUUGUAGAAAAGGCAAUUCUGCGUUGGAGGCGGAAAAGAGUCGGUUUGCGAGGGUUCAAGGCUGAAGGGGCAACUGGAACAGUUGUUACCCCACACCCACAGGUGGAGAAAAGUGAUGAAUAUGAGUUUCUACGAAUUGGCCGCAAGCUAAAAUAUGCUGGUGUUGAAAAGGCUCUAUCUCGCGUCAAGUCCAUGGCUCGUUUUCCCGAGGCUCGCCAUCAGUAUAUGAGACUGGUAGCAAAGUUUGACAAUUUUAAGAUAAAUGAGGAAGAAACCAGUGCCUCAAAUCAAGGUGAGAGUUCACAAGACACCCAUAAGGAAAGACAUUUGCCUCAAUUUUCAGCUGCUGAUCAGUAACUAUUGUGAUUCUGCCAUCAGGUUACAGUUUACAUUGUAAAUAUGUCAUUUUUAACCUCUUAGAAUGUGUAGGAAAAAAUAAUGACUAAUUGCAUAAGAAAGAAAGGUUUUUCACUCUUUUUUUUUUUUGGUCAAAAUGUAAAUAACUCAAGUUUUGAAAUGUUUUUUGGGGAAAAAAUAUGUCUCUUCUUG